AUGGCCGGGAAGCGCGCAGCCCGCCAGAGGUUGGCCUAUGCACUCAUCUUCUUGUUGGCGAUGAGGGAGGUUUCUGCCGCGCGAGAGACAUUUUCAACAGCACAUGCAAUCAAGAUCGUCGGAAAUGCCAGGGAGGAGUCCUCUGCCCGAUAUCAGCAGCAAGAAAAGGUCACGGAUGCUGGCGGCUUCUCCAUCUCGACCAUGUGGGCUUCGGGGAAGCAGAGCUCCUUGCUAUGGCUUCCUGCCAAUGUAACCUUCCGAUACAAGGAAGAGGAGUCGCCUCCGUACAUCGAGAUCGAUGGCCUGGACACAAGGUACCGCAUCCUGCCGGAUGCCGUUGUGGCGACCGAGAAGAUCGACGGCAUGCAAACCACGUGGAUCGUGGGCUGGCAGGCCUAUCGUGCUAACAAGGGACGCUUCGGAUCCAGCCACUACUCCAAGGACGAUGCCUUGUACUUCCGCAUGGAAAUGAACCCGGUGGUGGGAGAGACAACAUCGGGUUUCUUCCGUUCUGCAGGGCACAAGGUCUACGAGCACCAGGAGGGCGACAAGACUCUCCGCUAUUACCUCAACAGCAAGGGCAGACAAGAGAAAAUAAACGAGGACAACGUGGACUUUCAUGCAACGAAGUCCUUCGACCCCCAGAUGGAGCUGCAGGUGCCUGGUGAGGCCCCGAAGCUCUUGACACGGCCCGAUCGCGACCUCAUGGCGUUGGUGGAUGGAAUGCUCGGCCAGGUUUCCUGUAUGGGCAGGCCGAAUACCUGUGUCUUCCGCUGCUUCUACGACUCGGAGAACGAUGUCUGUGGCCCCUCGCACUUCUGUGAAAAGGUGGGCUCCAGCCCUGCAGACAACCUGGCACCUUUCGGUGCUGAACAGAAGUGCAAGGCGCUGGGUGCAGCAGAUCAUGAGGCUGCAGAUCUGGAGAUUGCGAACAAGAUGGAGGACAUCAAAAGAGAGAUGUUGGACCUGGCAGAGAAGAUGCAAGAGAGCCCAGCGAUCUCAGAGAAGACGUCGAGCCGAUCCUCUCUGAAGGCUUCCGCGGCCAUGUUUCAGGAAGUCACCCAGAUGCUCGAUGUGAUCGAGGCCUUCCCGAUGAGACUUGCCCCCGAAGAGGGCGACUUCACCAGGGCUGCGGCACGCGCGGCGAGAACGGACAUGAAGCAUUGGCGCGGCCGCCCGGACCGACUGACCAUCCCGCAGUACCAGAGGGCAGGUCAGGCCAGCAUCGCGGAAGUGCGCGACUCUCAGGACUUCUCCGUGCCGGCAAAGCUGCACAGCACCUUGGUGGACUAUGUCAAGAAGCGCCCCAACAUGCUUAUCCAGUUCCUAAAGCAAGAGACCAAUGAUAAGUGUAUCCUCAGUGACGAGACGGACGACAUGCGAGCACAGCUCGAGACCUUCGCGGACUACUUUCUGGGUGUGCCUGGCCACGACCUCAAUGACUUGAAGGAUGUUGCCCAGGGGAUUCCAACACCCUGCCGGGCUUUUCUCCUCAAUGAAGAAGAAGUGGAUCUGCAGAGCUUGAUUCAGGCUGCUGAAGAAGGGAAGCAGUUGUUGUCCAACUCGACGAGUGCAGGCGAAGACGGCUUCAUUCAGGUGAAGUCGGACCGUUUGGUUCGUGCUCUGGGCUCGGAUAAGAUCAGCCUCCUGGAGAGCGGGACAUCAGGUUUUGCAGAAGACGAGUCUGAGAGAGUGCAGGACGGAGGCUUCAUCUUCGCCUGCAUCUUCAUCUGUUUCAUCUUGUUUAUCGUCACCGUGAUCCUCUGGAAAGUAAGCAUUCACUACGGCAGCAAAUGCAGAACAGACACCUCUGAGGGCGGGUUCAGCUGCGUCGGAGCCUUCUUUUUCUUUGCCUUGGGGGGCCUUGCCAUUUUCGGCGCCUUCGCCUUCGCUUUGCCCGUUGGCAUCGCGGUGCUUGUUGCCUCCAUCAUUGGGAUCGUCGUGGUGAGCCUAGCGGAGAUCAAGGAGCACAAAUCACUUAAGACGAUGCCGAACUGGAAGGCCGUUUCUCAUCUCGCCAUGUGA